AUGCCAGUGGAGGAGGGAUGCCUGGCGAGCUGCUGCGGCGGGGCCGACGUGGUUGCCUGCGCGGAGGGAUGCUUCAGGGCCGGCGGGUGGGCGGAGGCCGACGGUGGGGCGCUGACGGCGGGGCUGAGCGGCGGGCCGGCGCUGGGCCUGGGCGCGGCCCUGCUGGUGUGCAGCGGCAUGUUCUCCGGCCUCACCCUCGGGCUGCUCAGCCUCGACAUGGUCGGCCUGCGGAUACUGGAGCAGGCAGGGCAAGCUGAGGAGCAAAAGUAUGCCAAGGCAAUCAUUCCAGUGCGCCAGCAUGGCAACUUGCUCCUGUGCACCAUGCUGCUGGGCAACGUCAUCGUCAACUCUGCCCUCUCAAUCCUUCUCUCUGACUUGACGUCUGGCCUUGUGGGCCUCAUUGUGUCCACAAUCGUCAUCCUGAUAUUUGGUGAAAUUGUUCCCCAGGCCGUGUGCUCCCGUCACGGGCUCAUGAUCGGUGCCUACUGCAUUUGGCCUGUGAGAUUCUUCAUGGUUUUGUUCUUACCUGUCACAUGGCCCAUGAGCAAGGUGCUGGAUUGGAUGCUUGGCAGAUACGUGGGUACAAUAUACUCCAAGGACGAAAUCAAGAGAUUGAUCGACAUCCAUGCGGAGGACCCUGAGGCCCAGAGGGAGUGUGGCCUGACGACCGAGGACCACAAGAUGCUUAUCGGGGCGCUGGAGCUGCAGGGCAAAACCGUCAGGAACGUUAUGACACCCCUGGAUCAGAUCUACAUGCUGGACAAGAAUACCAAGUUGAAUUUCGAAAAGCUGUCAGAGAUAUACAAAACAGGAUUCUCCCGCAUACCCGUAUACCUUGGCAACUGCCAGACGAUAGUGGGCAUCUUGUUUGUGAAGGACCUGGUGCUGGUGGACCCUGAUGACGAGAUCGAGUUGGGAAAAAUCAUGUCCUUAAGGGGCCACACGGUGGGCCAUAUCUACGAGGACCUCACCCUUGACAAGAUCCUGAAAAUCUUCAUCUCGAGCUCCAGCCACCAAGUGAUCGUGCAUCGGCGGCCGCCAGCGACUUAUGGCAAGGAGCUGACCAGCGGUGGGCUGGCAGCACUGGCGGAGGGCGCUGAGGGAACGGAGGUCACCGGCCUCAUCACCCUGGAGGAUGUUAUCGAAGAGGUGCUCCAAGACGAGAUAAUCGACGAGACUGACAACCUGGAGAUGGCUGGCACUGGUGGGAUCGGGGAGCAAGGCCGCAAGGGCAGCAGUGCCACCAGCGAAUUUUUGCAGUUCUUUGACCACAAGCUGCAUGGGGAGAAGCUGUCACAGCAGGAGGUCAAGGCCAUAACGUCCUUCCUGAUCAGCAAUGAGGAGGAGUUCGCUGAGUUCGCUGGCCAUGAGGAGACGCUGGCUGCCCUCAUCCGCGGUUCUAAGCUGCUGGAGGUCAACGAGCAGGUGGACUGCCACACGCCCAUGGGGGGCGACGUGCCCAAGUCGAGGCUGCUGGGCGGCUCGCCGGUGGACGGGCAGAUGAUCUACGAAGACGGCAAGUCGGCACGGGAAUUCACGCUCGUGCUGCAGGGCAAGGUGCUCAUACGCACGGGCAUGGAGGAGUUCACCCUGGAGAUUGGCCCCUGGUCCACGCUCGGCAACAAGGCCCUCGCCAACACCGCCCUUGAGCAGUACGUCCCGGACUUCGACGCGCAGGCCGUGGCACCGUGCCGGCUGCUGUGCAUCCACUGGAGCGGCUACCAAUCGGCGCUGGGGGCCGCAAGGCGGGGCGGCAGCAGUAGCGCCAAGGAGGACAGCCCUUUUGUCCAUGCUAAGAGCGAGCCUGGCGGACGCCCGACCAACGGCCGCAUCCAGCCCGGCGCCUGCGCACGGGGGCCCUCCAAGCCCGUCACGCCUGAGCCAGAGUGCUCCGAGGAGCGCACCGCAUUUGCCAUUGAGAUGGGCCACCCCGCCAUCGGCCGCCUGCCACAGCACCCCCCGGGUGCCAAUGGCUUCAGAAAGAAGGGGCCACACGAAAGGCGUUUGAGUCGUGGCCAAGAAGUGGGUGGGCCCCCGGACCCCUUUGCUGACGUGCAGGAGCUCGCUGAGGGGCCAGUGAAUGGGAAAGGGUAUGGAUGGGGAGGAGGUUUCAGCAAGCACGGCGGGCAGUACUUCCCGCUUCCUUGCCGGACUGGCAUUGGCAGAAAUGGGGACUCGUAA